AUGACGAAUGCCAAGACUCAAUCUACUAAGAAGAAGAAGAAGAAGAAGAAGAAGAAGAAGAAGAAGAAGAGCGAGGCAUCAAGUAAAGCUGGGGUGUCAUCAGAGUCCAAGCGUUCCAAGGCCGCAAGGAGGUUCCAUAAUCAGGAUGUCAGGGACCACCUCAGCGGCUCAGCAACGUUCUGGUUUCUUCUAGAGUUCCUCUUGCCAAUGGCAUCAAGAAGGAGCAGUGAAAAGCUUAUUUUCGAAGGAAAGGUGACUGUUAAUGGGUCUGUGUGCAACAACCCACAUGCUAAAGUCAACCUUGCAACGGAUGUAAUUUAUGUUAAUGGAAAGUGCCUUCCUAAGAAAUUGCCUCCCAAGGUUUACUUUGCCAUGAACAACCAAAAGGGGCUAGAUCAUUGUAGGAACACAUGCUCAUCUGGGGAGAAAGAGACAAAAUUGGUAGUGUCUUUAUUUGAUGAUUAUGUGAAAAGCUGGGAUAAGUGGAAUCCUGAACAACCAAAACCAAGAUUGUUCACUAUUGGACAUCUUAAUGUGGCAACAACUGGUUUGAUAAUUGUGACUAAUGAUGGUUUGUACACUGCUGGGAAUUUGCUCAGAAACUUUAACAUCCUUCUUUUAAAUUAUCAAAGGAGUAAGGUUCAUUUAUUCUUCUCACAACUACAAGGUUGUUGCAUGUGA